AUGGGUAAGAAGGUACUGUUGAUUGGGAAUGCAGGUAUUAUUAUCACAAUUGCACUGGUAUUUCUAGGAUUUGGCAUGGCAGUAAGAACUGGUCAAUAUGAUUUGUUAGUACUUGCCGUGCGAUGGCCUAAAUCAUAUUGCACGAAUCGUUAUCUAAAUGCAAAAUGUGACGAACCGAUUCACGAUGAUUUUUCAAUUCAUGGUCUUUGGCCCGAAUAUUUCAUUUCCGAUGGCAAGGACACGGAUGCAGUUCCACCAUAUAGUGAGAACAAAGGAUGCACUGAUGUCGCUCCAGUAUCUAAAGAUAAUCUCAAGAAAAAACUCUUAAAAAUGGCAAAAGUACUAAAAGAGAUGAGGAAAUAUUGGUCAGAUGCUGUGCACCCUACAAAUGAUAAUUCGAAUUUUGAAAAUUGGGAAUAUCAAUGGGAUAAACAUGGAAUGUGUUUUAACGAUUCCGAUCAACCUCAGUUCUAUUUCCAGACCGCUAUAGUUCUUUUGAAAAGCUUGAACCUCCUUCACACACUUUCUCAAGCAAAGCCAAAGAUCGUUCCCACUGAUGCCAAAGGAUAUAACGGAUCUGCGAUUCAAAGUACCAUAGAAGAGAGUCUGAAAGUGGAACCUACAAUCGUUUGUAAUGAAGACAAAAGACUACGUUUGCAAUUAUUUGAAGUUCAUAUAUGCCAUGAUAGGAACCUUACUUUGAUAUCGUGCAAAAAGCCGUUCAAACAUUGUCCAGGAUUAUCUUCUAGGCUCCUACGAUUCCCUCCUGCUGCUGCUGCUACUACUGCUGCUUAG